AUGUCCUGCUCCAGCCUGUGCAUCCCCGGCGGUGGAGUGGCCCCCACGGCCCCUCUGGCUGACACCUCCAACGAGCCCUGUGUCCGGCAGUGCCCCGACUCCACGGUGGUGAUCCAGCCCCCGGCCUCGGUGGUCACCUUCCCCGGGCCCAUCCUCAGCUCCUUCCCGCAGCAGAGCUUCGUGGGUUCGGCUGGAGCUCCCUACGUCGGAGGCGGCUUCGGCGGCUCCUCUGGACGCCGCGGUGGCUCCGGGGGCUCCGGGGGCUCUGGGGGCUUUGGAGGUUUUGGGGGUUAUGGAGGAUUUGGGGGCAGCUGCGGCGGCUCCAGAGGCUGCGGGCCCUGCUAA